ACGUAGGCUCCUGAAAGCAACUGUAACCCCAUUUGCACUUCUGCAUAGUCUCACAUCUGCAUCAAAUACAACUUUCUUGUCUGAAGAUGAUGACUGAAGACUGGUUGCACAGUAGAGUGAAACUUUGUCAGCUGAUCACUGGUCCAAUUGUUGAUUCAUCUAAUGUCCAGGAUUCAGUAGAAGUGGUGAUUAACACCCAGUCAUAUCCUCAACCUCACUAUAAUCCAUCCUCGAUUCUCUUGACACUGGAGACUUUCAGCGGUGCCUUCGAUGAAUUACAAGGCAGGAGAUCAGAUGUGAAGAUGAACUACAUGGAUCAGAAUGCUCUUGGACCCAAGCCAGUUCAGACAGAUGUUGUUAACCACUUUGCUGAGAUGUUAUCUGAAGACAUACUGGAUGCAGCUGUGAGGAUCCAAGACACUCAGACCACUAAAGAUGGUGACAUCAGUCAAAGAAGUGAGGUGAACAGGUGGACAAUGAGUGAUCACGAAAAGCUAGCAAAGAGGCUAGCAGCUGAGAUCUAUAGUAAUGCACUGGAAGAACUAGCCAGGCAUGGCUUCUCUGCUGGUAGGAAAUAUGAUGAACAUCCAGAAAUCUACAGUGAGCCUGCAUCCUACCUUUGUUCCUCUAUGCAUGACUGUGACGAAGAAGGAUCUGCAAUGGAAAUAGAUAAUAGCUAUCACAGAAGAUCGACCAUCAAUCCCACCACUCUGGAUGAUAUGGCCCAUCUGGGCUCCCUUGACUACCCUGAUGCUCCUCCAAGUACGCCAUUACUGCCAGAGAUGAUGAAGAGCCGUUCAAGCUUCACCAGGAAGCUGAAAGGUGGUCUUGCUAAAGAGUUCCUACCUUCAACCCCUCCACCUACCCCUAAAGAUCAACAAUCUCUGUUGGAGGACAAAAUGACUGACAGCACUGGAGACAAAUCAGAGUUUAUGGUUCGGUUGAUACGUUCGCUCUCACUAGCGUGCUCACAGCUUGGGGAAGAUAAUGGCACAGAAAAAGAAAACAGGUUUCAGAGUGAGAUUUCAGACUAUGCGGCACAGCUCUCAGCAGAGAUCGUCCACUGCAUCACUGUAGCCCAAGCAGGCAGUAAUAGAAAUAUAGAAACGCCCGUCAGAGAUGUGCAGGUCCUGGCUGACCACCUGGCAGAGGAGCUCAUUAUGACAUCUAUAGCAGAGGUUAUGAGGAGCAAGAGAGAGGACAGAACAAGCCAAGAAAUCCCAUCUCAUUUUGAGAACACAACCCAAGCUUCGAGUGAUACCUUAUUGUCAGAGUCGACCCCAGAUAUUCCUCCUCUGGAGGCUCUGAGAGCUAUGGCUGGCACAUUAAUCACUGACACACUGAUCCAGGCUUUCUCUGAGCUUGGAACUGAUUCAUUACAACAUGCCACAAGCAAACAGCUACCUGAUCCAGCAUCAGAACCAGUGCCAUGGGAACAAGGGAAUGAUCAAUAUUUAAAUAUGGGUUUGCAUAUCACAAACUCCCAUCAAAUCCAAACCAAUGGAAGCUCUAAUGUGGAAUCAGAGACUAAUUAUAUCUCACUUGACUCCAGAACAGGGACAGUAGAGCACAUUUUUGCUGAGAAGAUUGUGCAUGAAGUGCUCAAGUGCUCCACAAGAGAAGCUUCAAACUGUCACUUAAAAAGCAGACAAAUAUCCGUUAAUUCAGAUCGACAGAGUUCCUCAGUAGCAUCACACGCUGUAAUGAGGGCCUUCAUAUCCGAAACAUUCUGCCGUGAUACACAGGAGCUGCAGUGUAUCCUGCUGUGGGCUGUAGCGUCUCAAAUGGGAGCUUCCACGUUACAGAUCGACCUUACUGACACACACAUUCAGCAACAGCUCUACAGUGUUUCGCUGCAAGCUCAGUUUCACGGCUGGACCGUGGGCCAUAUGAUGACAUCUCUCUUCCAAUACUGUGAAGAUCUCCAGACUGCCAGCAGAGGGCACUCUAAGAUUUCCACCUCUCUCCUGGGGCAUCUCCUGCUCACACAAUCAUGAGCUGCAUGGCUCUGGACUAAAGCUUGAGUCCAUUAGGACUGACUAUCAGUCUAAAAAAAGAUUCUCUGUUACUUUGGAUUGAUAUGUGAUUGACACAGUGUCAUGUGAAAUCUGUAGAUGGAAAUGAAUAUUGAUGAACUGCAUCAAAUGAGUAAAAGAGCAGGCUAAUAAAAAAAAAAACUGGAUUCAACUUAACAUAACACCCAUCUAUCUGUAGUCUGUCCUGGAGUAAGCCUUUUCUGAUUAAAAUCUGACAAAAUGUG